AUGGCACCUAAUACGAACCUGAAAAUUAGCGUAAUAUGUGCUUCUAAUCAAAACAGAAGUAUGGAGGCCCACAAUGUGCUCAAAAACGCCGGAUACGAAGUCCAGUCUUUCGGUACUGGUUCUGCUGUCCGUCUUCCCGGCCCCAGUAUCGAUAAACCAAAUAUCUACCAGUUCGGCUAUUCCUAUGAUAACAUUUACAACGAACUAGAAGCACAAGAUGCAAGAUUAUACACGGCCAAUGGUCUCCUGAAAAUGUUGGACCGGAAUCGGCGCAUUAAAACUGCUCCUGAAAGAUGGCAAGACCAACGGAAUACCUUUGACAUAGUCAUCACAUGCGAAGAGCGGUGCUUUGACGCAGUUUGUGAAGAUCUCUUUCGUCGAGGCGAAAAACAAAACUAUCCCGUUUUUUUAAUUAAUGUGGACAUCAAAGACAAUCAUGAAGAAGCGUCCGUCGGCGGGAAAGCCAUUCUUGCGUUAGUCGAAAAGCUUACAGAUGCCGGCGAUGAUUUGGAGGAAAAAUUUACGGACAUUAUGACUGAAUGGCAAACGAAAUAUCCGAAAUUGCCUGUAUUGUUUACUAUUCACUAUUUUUAG